CGCGACUCGGGAGUUUCGCCGUCCUUAACUCUUCAGGCUUUUUCCCUGAGGGCCAAGAGCUCUGAUUGGCCACUGUCGCUAUUGUCGAAUCUUCUCUCUAGCCAGCCACAGAACAAGGCGAACCCUCUUCCCUUCUGUUCGGCUACCUUCGGCAUUCCUCGUUGCCGGGGCGUGGUCUCCCAGCGGCGUCUCCCCAUUGGUUAUCCAGGCCGCUCGGCUUUUUCCGGCAGGAGCUGCAAGCAAGCGACGUCUCUGAUUGGUUCCGGCUUGGGUUUCGGCUCCACAGCCGAAGCUGGCGGGCGCGGGCUCGGCGAGCGAUUCCCAGACGCCUGUAACGCGGGCGGCGGGGCGCUGGGCGGUGUAAGGGCUGGGUGGGGGAGGAAGGAGGCGGAGGACGAGUAGGAAGGGGGAGGGGGAGUGGGGAAGGGCUAGGCGGCUGCGCAGACGGCGCGCCUCGCACAGAGCAGCCCCCGACCCGGCCGAAUGCGGGCUUGUGUCGCCGUCGCCGUCGCCGCCGCCGCCGCCUGGGCCGAGUGACAAAGGAAGGAAGGCAGCGAGGAGGAGCCGGCCCUGCAGCCGCUGACAGGGCUUCGGGCUCCGGGCACAGCGCGGACACUUCCCGAGCAGCCGCUGAGCAAAGGCGAGGGGCGGAGGCCGGCCGUGCCGGGGCCACGGACGGGGGAGGGGACCCCGAGGGACGGAAGCGGUUGCCUGGUUCCCAUGUCCCCGGCGUAUGGGGAGCAGUCAGGGAGCCGCUGCCUGGGGUCUGAAGGGAGCUGCCUCCGCCGCCGCUGCCGCCAUGGCCGCUGGAUCCAGCCACCGCCUGCAGCUGCUCCUGGCGCAAUGAGGAGAGGAGCCGCGGCCGCCGCCACCGCCACCGCCCGCCGCUGACUCGCGACUGUGCUGCCCUCCGGUUCACCCGGCCGCCGCCGCCGCCGCCGUCAGACCGCCGGAUCCCGCUCGUGCCGGAGCCGCAGCGUUUGCCGUCGCAUCUCCGAGCCAUCUCCUCCCUCCUUCCCAUCCCCCUCUCUUCAAGCGUGAGGCUCGUGAUCCUUCCGCCGCUUCCCUUCUUCAUUGACUUGGAAAAAAAUCCCCGAGGAAAAUAUAAUACUCAGAGUACUUAUUUUCAAUCAAGUAUUUGCCCUCGUUCACGUGAUAUAUAUAUAUUUUUAAGGAUUCCACUCCACCCUUUUUCUCCUCUUCCAGGAAAGGGAGGUGAAAGAAUUGUAUUUUUCUCCCAGCUCUAAAUCAUCUGUGUGUUAAAUAUCCGAACCGAUCUGUCUUGAAGAAAUACAUAGCUCCUUUUUUUUCCCCUUCUUAAAUAGCUAUACAAAAGGAGUGAAAAGUCAAGAGAACGAAGUCUUUCUUUCUCUUUCUUGCGGGAGAACUUAAUGCUGCAUUUAUCAUUAACCUAGCACCCUAACAUAAAACAAAAGGAAGAAAAGGAUUAAGGAAGGAAAAGGUGAUUCAAGAAGAGCCAUCAUGUCGGGGCGACCGAGAACCACCUCCUUUGCGGAGAGCUGCAAGCCAGUGCCGCAGCCUUCAGCUUUUGGUAGCAUGAAAGUUAGCAGAGAUAAAGAUGGCAGCAAGGUAACCACAGUGGUGGCAACUCCUGGACAGGGUCCUGACAGGCCUCAGGAAGUCAGUUAUACAGACACUAAAGUGAUUGGAAAUGGAUCAUUUGGUGUGGUAUAUCAAGCCAAACUUUGUGAUUCCGGAGAACUGGUUGCCAUCAAGAAAGUUCUGCAGGACAAGCGAUUUAAGAACCGAGAGCUCCAGAUCAUGAGAAAGCUAGACCACUGUAACAUAGUCCGACUGCGGUAUUUCUUCUACUCGAGUGGCGAGAAGAAAGAUGAGGUCUACCUUAACCUGGUGCUGGACUAUGUUCCGGAGACAGUGUACAGAGUUGCCAGACACUAUAGUCGAGCCAAGCAGACACUCCCUGUGAUCUAUGUCAAGUUGUAUAUGUAUCAGCUGUUCAGAAGUCUAGCCUAUAUCCAUUCCUUUGGAAUCUGCCAUCGAGACAUUAAACCACAGAACCUCUUGUUGGAUCCUGAUACAGCUGUAUUAAAACUCUGUGACUUUGGAAGUGCAAAACAGCUGGUCCGAGGAGAGCCCAAUGUUUCAUAUAUCUGUUCUCGGUACUACCGGGCACCAGAGUUGAUCUUUGGAGCCACUGAUUACACAUCCAGUAUAGAUGUAUGGUCUGCAGGCUGUGUGUUGGCUGAAUUGUUGCUAGGACAACCAAUAUUUCCUGGGGACAGUGGUGUGGAUCAGUUGGUGGAAAUAAUAAAGGUCCUAGGAACACCAACAAGGGAGCAAAUUAGAGAAAUGAACCCAAAUUAUACAGAAUUCAAAUUCCCCCAAAUCAAGGCACAUCCUUGGACAAAGGUCUUCCGGCCCCGAACUCCACCAGAGGCAAUUGCACUGUGCAGCCGUCUGCUGGAGUACACACCAACCGCCCGGCUAACACCACUGGAAGCUUGUGCACAUUCAUUUUUCGAUGAAUUGCGGGACCCAAAUGUCAAACUACCAAAUGGGCGAGACACACCUGCACUCUUCAACUUUACCACUCAAGAACUGUCAAGUAACCCCCCUCUGGCCACCAUCCUUAUCCCUCCUCAUGCUCGGAUUCAAGCAGCUGCUUCACCGCCUGCCAACGCCACAGCAGCCUCAGAUACUAAUGCUGGAGACCGUGGACAGACCAAUAACGCCGCUUCUGCAUCAGCUUCCAACUCCACCUGAACAGCCCCAAGUAGCCAGCUGCGCAGGAAAGACCAGCACUUACUUGAGUGCCACUCAGCAACACUGGUCACGUUUGGAAAGAAAAUUAAAAAGAGGAAAACAAAAACAAAAACAAAAAACCCUGUUCAUUUUAGUGUUCAGUUUUUUUUUUAAUUGUUGUUCUUACUUAACCUUGUAAAAUAUCUAUAUAAAUACAAACCAGUUUCAUUGUAUUCUCACUUUCAGGAGAUCCAAGAGGUGGGGAGGGUUGGGUGGGGAGGAGCAGAGCACUAAACAAUCUUUCCCACGACAAUCUUUUCUUUUUAAAAUCAGAAGUCUGCUAUUGUAUACCUUAAAAACCAGACUCCUGCCUCAUGCCCCACCACAACAGAAGAAAACCUGUUCUGUGCUAGUUUAUUUUCUGGAUUUGUUUUCUUUUGAAGUCUGGCGUAAGACUUUGAUACAGUGCACAGCUUGAAAUUGGUUGGGAGCUUAGCAGGUAUAACUCAACAGGGACUUACUGUCACUUGUAAAAUGUAUACUUAUCCUUAGGAAUUUGAAGACUUGCCUUUGGCAUGUGAUGUCAGGUAUGACAGACAAAAAAAUGAAAAGGAAAAAGAAAAAAGAAAAGAAAAAGAAAAACCAAGGUGUAUCAUUGGUAGCCCGGGAGGUCACUAAAAUCUGAAGCUCUAAGGGAAGAUGAGAGAUGGAUUACUUAAGGCUUGUUUUGCUCCUGACCAGUGCAAGUGUUGUAGAUGCCGGCUGAGGAAGGAAGGUUGCCAAAGGAGAGGGCGCUACAGAGCCUGCUGGACCCUGAAGUGGAUCUUGGUUCACCUGAUCAAAGGCCGCCUGCUUAUCUCGGUAUUGUUUUGAGCUGGCGCCCUAGGAUGAGGCUGGAGAUGGGGCAGCUCUGGGUGCAUCGGAAGGCGAAUGACAGGAAGGCGGCAGGCCAGGGGCAGAUCUCACCACUGUGAGUGAAUUUUUCCAGAUUUUAAUAAAGUUGUUUCCCUUAGAAAAACACUUGAGAAAAGACAUCGUCGCUAAGUAAUGUGAACUGUUAGCCAGCCUACUGCUUUAUUUUUCCUUACUUUAAUUGAAAACCAAGCUUGCAAGAAUUGCCACAGUCUUAUGCAUAGCUCUAAUUUUAAAUCCAAAUCUAAACUCUGUAUUUAAUUUCUGCUUUUUUAACAUCAUGCUUUUUAAAUUUAUUUAUUGAUGCAUGUCAGAUCGGCCAUUAUGAUUUUAAGUGGUAGUAAUAUUAAAAACCACACAUCAAAAUAAUAAAGUCACUUGUAGUAUCUGCUGACUUUAUAGGAAAACUGAUUAUAUCAAUGUGUAUAUAUGUGCUAUAUAUACAUAUAUUCAAUACUGCCUUUUCUUUUUGUCUACAGUAUCAAAAUUGACUGACUGAAUCAUGAAAAGAAUGUUUCCCCACCAUCACCAUUAAGAGUUUUAUUUUUGUUUUCUUUGUUUAAUCAAUGAAUGGUGUAAGAAUCAGUCUCUUGAUUUGUUUUUUUUUUUUUUUUUUUUUUUAAGAAAAAGCAAUAUUCCUUGGGAAGCAAGGUGGAUUGAAGGAUUAAGUUUGUGUGAGGAACAGAACUCAUAACUAGUUUGUUGAUACUUUUAAGGUUGGUAUCUUUGUGGGCCUUAUAUACUCUAAAAUGAACCUUGGUGCUUAUGGGCCAUUACUUGACCUAUGAAUCUUUAAGGCACAAUCAGUUAUCUUUUACAUUUAAAGAUCACUUGAGUGAUGGCCACCGCUCCUUCCUUCCUUCCUUCCCACUCCCUCCCCACACAUCUCCUAAGGUUAGCUGAUGACUAGGGCUGCAGAGCCCUUGGUUAUGUAUGAGACACAGGCUCCUUUACCCUCAUUGCCUAACCUUAAGUCGUGUUGAGGUCUUGCCCUCCAGGUGGUUAAGAAGAGGAGUCUCUCGGCGGCCCUUAUACAGGCCCUAGCACCCUGCCUUGCCUCCCCAACCGUGUGUGUAACUCUCCAAGAGAGUUGUAUUGCCUGCCGAAAUGAGUUGAUGCUAGAAAGACAUCAGUGAGGCUGCGGCUGGCUGAUCUCUUCAGGCCACCGAAGGGGUUUCUCAGACCUCUGGUUAGAUCAGACUUGACAAGAAAGGAAGCAUGCCCAAAGCAAACAAAGGCGCUUUUUGUAAAGUGCUUCUGAAAUAAUUGCUGUUUGAAAGACUUCUGAAAUUAAGUAUUUGACCGCAUAGCUCCUUGAAGGAGGUGACUUGGCAGACCAUUUUCAGAAAGAAUUUGUGAAGAAUCUGAGCAAGCAGGUCUGUGGCCUGAGAAGGGAACCUGCUUUCAGAUUAAACUGCCCAGCCAGACACAGAUCCAGACUUGGUGUAUGUGCCAGAGUCCGUUAAAACCAGUGCGUGUUCUAGCAAAUGCUUCCCCCCCCCCAGAUACGGGGUAAGAGAAGGGUAGAGGAAAGUCGGGUGCUUUUCUCUCUCUCUCUCUCUCUCUCUCUCUCUCUCUCUCUCUCUCUGUGUGUGUGUGUGUGUGUGUGUGUGUGUGUGUGUGUGUGUGUGUGUGUGUUGGCAUGCAAGCGUAUAUGAGGGCUUAGGUGCACGAUUUUUCUUUCUCAAGGAUCAUGGCAGGAUCCCAGAACUCUUAUCCAAGUGAGAUCCAGGUCUCUGAAUAUCUUUUUGUAAAUAAUAAUUAAAAGCUCCUCACCAAAUUCAAGCUUGUAUAUUAUAUUUUCUUUCAGUGUUUUUAAAUUUAAGUUUUAUUGUUUUGUAUGUAAAUAUGUGGACCCAGGAACUGUUAUUAAUGAGCAAAAAGUUACUGUUCAGGGCAGGGAUUCUGUUCAAUAACCAGACAAAAAUGUAGAUGAGCUUUUUAAAGCCAUAUAGUUUUAACUCUGUACAGUAGGUACCGGCCUGUAUUAUUGUAACAAUAACUCUAGCAAUGUAUAGUGUAUCUAUAUAGUUUGGAGUGCCUUCGCUUCCAUGUUUUUGGGUUUUUUUGUUUUGUUUUUGUUUUUUGAUUUCCUUUAUCCCUGUGGCCCCCUUUCCCUCUGAAGUAACUACAGAACAGCACCUUUGCCCACUCCACAGUUUGAAUGGGGAGAGGAAACCAUGUUGGCAAUCUCACUUCAUUCUAGCCUUGCCUUUGUUCUUGGUUCUGGGUGUGUCUGUGUCCUCAGUAACAGUGACUGGUUUCCUUUCAGAUGCACUCAGUCCAUCCCGGACUUGGGAGCUCUGGGGGCCCCAGAGCUGGAGGGUGUCAGAUGGCUGGGGUUUGCUCAUCGCCUCUCCAAGCCCUGGAGUGAUCCUAAGCAGAUUCUGGGAGCUCCCAAGCUCGCUCUCUCCUCACCUACUUCCCUCCCAAAUGAAAGAUUGGGUUUGUUUUAUUUUUUUUUUUAAAUAAAUCACUGUCUUGGUGGCGUUUGGGUGCCCCGGUGACAUUGUUAGCAGUUACUGCAGGGGUGGUGUGCAGAUGAGGGCUGAGUGGGCUCAGAGCCCAUUCCUCCCUCCUACCAUCUUGCUGGAUGAAAUAUCAUUUUAAUUUCUUUUUAAAAAAAUCAAUUUCUUAACUGUGCCUAAUAUGGCCCUUUUGAAAGAAAAAAAAAAAAGUAUUCGUUUUGCCACCAACUACUUCAUGUGUCUUGAAUAGAAGAAGAAAAAAACAAAAAAUUCACUACCAAACCAAAGGUUGCUAUUUUUGAGACAUCACGAGUUCAUUGCUCACGGCAGAAGAAUGCACCUUCUCUCCCAUGACAUACUGUCAGUUUUUUAAGUCAUUAAUUUUUUUUCUUAAGGCCCAUUUCUUAGGCUUGUGUUUUAGCAAAGUAUACGUGUGCUGCCAUCUUGUCCACACCAAUGCAGAGGUCCUAAGAGGACUCCCUGUACUCUCUCCCUGUGGACGUAAAGACACUGGCAGCUCUGUUACCUGCUCUUCCCUUUGCAAGGGUUUUAACUUUGGAAUCUUCCAGAGAAAGUUUGGCCAAUGCCAGAUCUCCCAGAGUUGGGAUUUUUGUUAUUUUUUUUCUUUGUUUUAAAUCAAAUUUGUGUCUGGUUCCUAUUUACACUACUGAUUGUUCUAAUCCCAGAGAUGAACAUGUUUCUCCCCUGUAUGAGAAGUCGGUGCCCUUUAUGGUGAAACCUGUCUCUUGUGGUAGAAACUGAAGCCACUGAAAACAAACAGGUAGCAGCAGCAUGGAGCCCCAGGCCGAGGUCUCCCUUGAGAGUCUUCAGAAGCAGUCACUGGGGUCUGGGCCAGUUCCACAGGGUUAUGCCGUUUUAUUCAAGUCCAUUGCUCCGUUGUGCAGCCUCCACCGUACAAGCAAAAAGGACAGCCAGUACAUAAGGGGUUAGCUUGACAAAGUAGACUUCCUUGUGUUCAUUUUUAAGUUUUUUUUUCUCUUAACUAUAUCUGUCUACAGGCAGAUACAGAUAGGUAUAUGGAAAUGUGCUUGCCUGUAAAAUUUGCAUUUAUAAAUGUGUUGCGAUGGAUCACUUCGGCCUGUACACAUCCAAUUAGCGUGACCACUUCCAUCUUAAAAACAAAUCUAAACAAAAUUUAUUAUUAUUAUUAUUAUAUAUAUAUAAAGGACUGUGGGUUGUAUACAAACUAUUGCAAACACUUGUGCAAAUCUGUCUUGAUAUAAAGGAAAAGCAAACGCUGUGUAACAUUACUACUUGAAUGCCUUUGUGACUGAAUUUUUUUUUUCAUUUUAAAUAUAAACUUUUGUGGAAAGUAAGCUCAAUGUUUUUUUCCCCUUUCCCCUGUUCCCUUGUAAAUACAUUUUGUUCUAUGUGACUUGGUUUGGAAAUAGUUAACUGGUACUGUAAUUUGCAUUAAAUAAAAAGUAGGUUAGCCUGGAAAUGAAAUUAA